AUGAUUUCAUUGAAAAUAGCAAUUUUAUUUAUUUCAUUAAUAUUAUUCGACAUAACAAAAUCAAUAAAUAUUGAUGAAGAUUACGAUGAUGAUAAUGAUGAUAUACAAGAAUUAGAAGAUUGCCAAUCUGAAAUUGAUUUUAAAACAUUGAAAAAAACUGGAACAAAUCAAUUAUGUGAAACAUUAGAAAAACCUUCAUUAAAAUCUCGAAUUCAAUUAAAAAUUUUUACAAAUCAUACAGAAGAAAAAAUUCAUAUUCGCGUUUUAUCAUCAUUAAAUAAUUUGAAUGAAAAUAAAUCUUUAAUUGAAUUAACAACUGAUAUAAUUGAAGAUUUUAAAUAUCCAACUAGUUUAUUAUCAAUUGAUAAUUAUCAAUUGAUUUCAUUGAAAACGUUUCGGACAAUUUUACUGUCAUUAAUUAGUGUUGAUUUUAAUUUACUUUCAAAAAAUUUAAAAAAAACUUUAUCAAUCGAAAAAGGACAAGCUAAAGAAAAACAACAAUUAUUAAGUUGUUAUGGAAAUAUUUAUCCAAAACAAGAUUCUAAAUUAUUAAAUAUUAAAUCAGCUUUUGUCAAACCGAUAACAUGUACAAAAGAACCACAAAAUGAUAAAUUUUUUACAUUACAAGAAAAAAUUUAUCUUCAUCAAUCAAAUGAAAAAAAUUUUCGUUUAGUUCAAAUUCAUCAAGAUGAUCCAAAAAAAAUAAGUCGAACUACUUGGUACACGUGUUUAAAUCCGAAAUCAUGUUCAAUUGGUUUACAAAAUAAAUCUAUGUUAGAUAAAACAGUUAAUUAUGUUUUAAAGUUUUUAGAAAAAAGUCGAACGGAUAAGAAAAAAACAUAA